AUGAGGGUGCAUCCCCUGCGUUUGAACCCAGAGAGUUUAAACUAUUUGGACUUACCGUCUGCCAUGAAUUUAACAAAACGCUUACUUCCGUUGGCUAAAUACAGUUAUGUAAUCACCGAGCUUCUUCAGAGCGACCUGCACAAGAUCAUCGUCUCGCCGCAACACCUCUCAGCCGACCACAUCAAAGUAUUCCUCUACCAAAUACUCAGAGUGAAACAGGCCAUAAUGGGUAUGCUAAUGUCGUCGCUCAGUUGGACACCAAUAAUGAGUCUUUAUCACAUACAGCAGGUGCCCUUUGUAAUGUUCAUGAGCAGAGUAUAA